AUGACCAGUGAAAUUUUUUGUAAAUGGCUAAAGCAUUUCGUAAGAUAUACGAAAGCGUCUAAUGAGAAUAAAACUCUUUUACUUCUUGAUGGUCACAGUAGUCAUAAAAGUCUUGAAUCUCUACAAAUUGCAAAAGAAAAUGGUGUUAUUGUGUUUUGUUUUCCUGCACACUGUUCUCAUCACGUUCAACCUUUGGAUGUUGGAUUUUUUCGUCCACUUCAUACCUACUUUGAUCAAGAAAUCCAGUUAUGGCUGCGUCAAAACCCGGGAAAAGCAGUAACCCAAUUCAAAAUAGCAGGUCUGCUAAACCAAGCCUAUCUAAAAAGUGCAGUCCCAUCAAAUGCGAUAAAUUUGUUCAAGAAGACGGGCAUCCAUCCUUUUAACCCCCAUGUUUUUGAGGACUGGCAGUUUGCACCAGCUCUAGCAACAGAUAAGCAGAUUUCCGAAACUCGAGGCGAUAUCAACGAAAACCAAAUGGAAUUAGACAUUCAAGACCAACCAAGUACAUCUGGUCAUAACUUGUCUUCAUCAUCAGUGUUCGACAUAUCGGUAAAAGAAAUUUUGCCCCCACCACAAGCAAUAGCCAUUGGUGCUGAUAAAGGAAGCAAGAGAAAGCGUGGAAAAACUGGCCAUUUAAAUUCAACCCCAGAAAUUUCUGAACUUAAAGAUAAAGUAAUUGAGAAGGAAAUAAAGUUAAGAAAACAACAGGGCAGGGCAGUAAAACGAAAACUUGUCAUUGCAAAUAAUGACGACAGCUCUGAUGAAGAUGAAACCAUCUUAGAAGAAUUUUUAGGACGCGAAAAGGAUGAAUCCGAUGCUAGUUGUCUAUAUUGCAAUGAGUUAUUCUCUCAAUCACGUGCGAGAGAGAAGUGGAUUAAAUGCCAGCUUUGUCAGUCCUGGUGCCACAAUUUAUGUGCUAGUGUAAGCUACCGAUGUAAAACGUUUAUUUGCGAAUUAUGCUCCUAA